ACCUCUCAAAAUACAUGAGGAUCGGCGCUGGCCUGAACUUAAAGAGUAAAGGAGGCCAACCGGCGAUUUUUACCGGCGAUCGAUCGUUAGCCAUGGCGAGACGGAGAGGCAUCAGAACAACUACUGCAAUCUUCUUCUUCUUCUUUCUCUCCAUUGUAGCAGUUGGAACUUUCUCCCUUGCCUUUUCUCCCCUCCCUUCUCUCACCUCUCAUUCUCCUAGCAGACUCUCCAGCAAGCUCGUGCCGAAGGAGAAGCUUCUGUUAGAUGAUAAGGUGCGAAAAAGGAAAAAGGUUAAUGUCCAGAAGUUUGAGAUUGCAGAUGACAAGUUCUGGAAGGAUGAGAAGCCUUUCCAAAUUAUUGGCGGGGACCUGCACUAUUUUCGGGUUCUUCCUGAGUACUGGGAAGAUAGGUUGUUGAAGGCAAAGGCAUUGGGUUUGAACACCAUUCAAACUUACGUCCCGUGGAAUUUGCACGAACCUAAAAAAGGCCAACUACUUUUUAAGGGUAUCGCAGAUAUUGUGUCAUUUCUAAAACUCUGUCAGAAGCUGGAUUUACUGGUUAUGCUCCGACCAGGGCCGUAUAUAUGUGCAGAAUGGGAUUUGGGAGGUUUUCCUGCGUGGCUACUUGCAAAAGAACCACCUCUCAGACUAAGGUCAUCAGAUCCUGCUUUCCUUAAACUGGUUGAGAGCUGGUGGGGAACUCUAUUUACACUUGUAGCUCCUCUCCUUUAUGACAAUGGAGGCCCUAUCAUAAUGGUUCAGAUUGAAAACGAAUUUGGUUCCUAUGGAGAUGACCAAGAUUAUCUUCAUUACCUUGUCAAAUUAGCUCGUGGCUACCUUGGAAAUAAUACAAUUUUAUACACUACUGAUGGAGGUGCAAGGGAAAAUCUUGAAAAAGGAACAAUUCGUGGGGAUGCUGUAUUUUCAGCUGUUGACUUCACUACUGGUGAUAAUCCAUGGCCUAUUUUCAAGUUGCAAAAAGAAUUCAAUGCACCUGGGAAAUCACCUCCACUUUCUGCAGAAUUCUACACGGGCUGGCUCACACAUUGGGGAGAAAAAAUAGCCACGACUGAUGCCCGCUCUACUGCAGCAGCCCUGGAAGAAAUACUGUCAAGAAAUGCUUCAGCUGUACUUUAUAUGGCACAUGGUGGAACAAACUUUGGAUUUUAUAGUGGUGCGAACACAGAUGCAAACAAUGAAUCUGCUUACAAGCCUGAUCUUACUUCCUAUGACUAUGAUGCACCUAUUAAAGAAUUCGGUGAUGUGGACAAUGCAAAGUUUAAAGAAUUACAGAAGGUUAUAAGUAGAUAUACCAAAAAAUCAAUUCCACCACUUCCUGCUGAUAUUGGAAAGAUGGGAUAUGGACGCAUUAAGUUGCAUAAAACUGCUUUCUUGCUUGAUAUACUUAACACAACAAACACGAUUGUUGCUGUUAAAUCUGAAAGCCCAAAUUCAAUGGAAUCUGUAGGCCAGAACUCCGGGAUUGUAUUAUAUGCUUCUGAAUAUGAUCCAAGUCCCAAGGGGAAUUACCUAUCUAUUCCGAAGGUGCAUGACAGAGGUCAAGUAUUCAUCUUGUGUCCUGAAAAAUAUCCUGAAAGACGGACAUAUGUUGGUACAAUAGAGAGAUGGUCCAACAAUGAUCUUUAUAUUCCACAUACUCAAUGCCCAUCCAAAGUUACCUUAUACAUACUGGUUGAAAAUAUGGGUCGAGUGAACUAUGGGGCUUAUAUAUUUGACAGGAAGGGGAUUCUUUCUUCUGUUUAUCUAGAUGGAAAAGAACUGAAUGGGUGGAAAAUGACACCUGUCCCUCUACCCAACUUAAAUGAUAUGCUGAAUUUUGAUCACAUUCUUCCAGUUCUACAUUCACGAAUCAUUCAAUCAUUUAAACACAACUCAGGUAACUUCACAAAAGAGCCAGCAUUUUACAGUGGUCGAUUUACAAUUAUAAAGAAAGAUCAAGUUAAAGACACAUUCCUGUCAUUCCGUGGCUGGGGUAAAGGCAUUGUCUUUGUCAAUGAUUUUAAUUUAGGAAGAUUUUGGCCGUCACUUGGACCGCAAUGUAAUCUAUAUCUUCCUGCUCCAAUCCUUAAACACGGAGAAAAUACAGUGGUGAUUCUUGAGCUAGAAUCUGCAAGCAGUGAACUUACGAUUACAUCAGUUGAUCAACCAGACUUCACUUGUGGCUCGAGUAGGAUUGGAGGAGUUCGUAUAGCUAGUUUGUGAAUUAAUCGAAUCAAACAAUUGAUGCCUCUCCUUCUUUCGACUCCUUGAGAUUUUACACAUAAAUUUCCAGGUUAGACCAUUUUCAUUUUUUUUGAAUAAUGUUGCUGUUAAUGUUGUAAGAUAAUCAAAAUGACUUGUAAAUUGUAACUUAAUAUAUUUUUUCUGAAAAUGUAAAAUUUUAUUAAACUA